UUAUGAUGGAGACCAUUUCGUACAUUUUAUUUAGUUUUAUUGAUUAAACGAAGUUACAUUUCAAAUACUACACUUUCAUGUUUAUAUACUGUGUAACGAAAACCUCUCAUCCACAAGUAUUGUAUUAUUUGGCGACGUCCGAGUGUGACAAGAUAAUACCUGUUGAUAUAAAAUCCCUUUAAGUUUAAAGAAUGGAAGGUGUCGACCCCCGGAAAAAUGGGUCGGGUCAUCGUGAAUCAACAGCUGAGGAUGCUAGUAGAACUGAACAUGAGGUCAGCAGAGACAGCCAUACCAGUCGGCAGUCAAUUAAUGUCAAACUCCCAUCAGCGAGCUCAGAUCGACAUGAUGGCCAUUCUCCCGACCGACUUUCAGAUCUAUACAUUCAUAACUUGGGUCACAUGACCCCAGACAGGUUCUCUGCAUCACUGGACAGACAUGAUCUCAGUCAACCGCAGCCACCACCUGCCAGUCGCCAGAGUCAGAAAACAUUGUCGCCAUCGCCAACACGAAGCUUGAGGCAUGGGCUACGGAAUCAGAGAGAACUGAUGAGACAGGUGGCAGCGUCUGUCAUUGAGCGGACUUGGAUUGCGUACCGGGACAGACGGAUGUUUUGUCUCUUCAAACACGCGGUCUGUGCAGCGGAGAGUUCCUUGUCACUUGGAAUACUGCGUAAAGUGUGUCCAAGGGAAGCUAAAUUUCUUGACGACAAAUGCUUGUCUAUUAAAGUCAGAUUUAGAUUUGGAGGUUCAGAGUUCCCUCCCCUGAUAUACUUCAAGAUCUUCCACAGUACAGACGGCAAAGGCUUGAAAUACCUCAGUGGCAGAAAGAUGAUCAAACCAGCUUCCGACGCAGCAGAAGACUCGCUAAGGUUGAUGGGAAAUCGUCUUUUCUACGAACAAAUGCUACAGGAUGCUCUUCGUCAGAAACAGUGUCCCGUUGCAGAUGAAGUCGAUGUCACGACCCUCAAAGAUUACAUGCUGUACCUGUCCAAUCUGGAUGAGACUCCAGCAUACAUGGGUGGUAGAGAGAACUACUGGAGGAAGCUGACAUUAGAUGAUCUGUCUCGUCGGACGAUAUUUUACGACAUCGUUGAUUACGCCUACAACAACGUGAUGACCCCGAGACUGAAAGAUGAAAUUCCACUGCUUGUGACAAGGCCGGUCACUCAGGAGAUUCAGUUACAACACAUCCGCAGUAUUUCUGCACCAAGAAUACCUCCUGUGCCGGCACCCACACCAGGCAGAGUGAGGGAGUCGGGUUUAAAUAUUAACAACAGUGAGUUGUCCAGUAGCAGACGGUCGCGCAAGGCGAGACUGCGAGCGUCGAAAAUGAGGAAAAUGUACGGCCUGGACAAGGAUGUGGAGCGUGAAGGGGACUCUGGGAAUGUUUUUUCGGCCAGCGCUCAGAACGAAGACAGGUACGAAGCUGACCCCGACGAAUACCUGGAGCAGGAGGGAAGCAAGCUGUACGAGUGGACACAGGAGCUGUCCUUCAACGAUGACAUCGUCGCAACACCACGGCCAGUCAUAUCCACGUCAUGACACUGCAUGCGCAUACACAGAGAGGGAGAAACACACUUGUUGAAGAGUUUUUUAUAUGACUAAAAUGUUUACGUAUUCAAUACGUUUUCUAGUUGGGAAUAUUGAUGUCUGUUUUGAGUGACAUUGGGUAUCUAGUUCAACUCUACUUCCAGGCAUCGCCAGUGAUGUCCAUGUUGCAGUACUGUACUCGCGUAGAGAGAGAAACACACGUUGAAGAGUUUGCUGCCCUUGUUACAAGCUUUUAAGACCAACAGAAUCCUUUUUUAUGACUAAACUGUUUACAUAUAUUAUUCAAUACGUUUUCGUCUUGGGAAUAUUGAAGUCUGUAUUUACAUUGUAUAUCUAGUCGGCUUAAUGUUUGUAAUAGCUCAAUCUUCAGUCUACUCUUGAGGGUUAUACAAAAACAAAAACUCAUUUCAUUUUCGCCUUGCCCAUCAUGAGCACAUAAAUGUCUUCAAUUUAAUGUGCAAAUUUUACUUGCCCAAACGAAAUGAUGGUUGUCACUUUUUUUUCCAGAGGUCUGCAUGUGUAUUUUUCAUCCAUACAAUAUUAUUGUGAAAUAAAAAAUCUUGUUUGAGCAACAGCAAGCAUUAGUGUGGCAAGAAGCACUUUGUUUAUACAGACACUGAUACUCUAAACAAAAAAUUGUAUAUAAUAUAUACUUUUAGUCAUUAAAAGGGCUCUUCUAGUCGGGGAAACAUGUUACAGUGGCAACAAUGGAUGGACGGUUUCUUUAAUGUGUGAACAUCAGACUAUAGUAUGUGAUAGUGAGACCAACUUAAAGGCAUACUCUCACAGAUUUAAGGUUCAGAUUUCUCUAAAAAUGGAUAAGUAAAAAUUACAUUAAUUAUUAGAAACCAAAUCUAGCUAUCACAUCACCGUAACUGAACCAUGAUGGAGUGAAAUCCAUGUCAUCCCUCUCGACAAUUUUAGUUUU